AUGGUGACGACGGCGACGAGUACGACGAACAGUAGCCUCAGUGCCCAUGUCUACCGCGACAAUCUGGUGUUGAUUAGCGGGUUAUCCACAGACAGACUCUGGUGGCUGAAUUUGCCGUCCUUGCGUUGGCAUGAAGAGGUUUGCUCAGGCGUGUUUCCUCCUCCAACGCGGUUUCAUGCAACUGCGUUGCAUGGGUCGCAGCUUUAUCUAUCGGGCGGAGAGCCGCACUGCGUUUCCACACCAGGCACCGCGGCAGCUGCGCUUGCGCACGACUUGCUCGAGGUGUUUGUUAUUGACCUGCAGGAGCUGCACUGGGGGACGGUGGUGUGCGACGGGAAGCCUCGGAACCGCUCACAUCACGCGAUGGCUGCGGUGGAAAACGGCCUCAUUGUUACGGGCGGGAAACCUUUGCUGGGCGACGCCACCGCAUACGAAAUCCGAGAAAUGCUGACGAGUGGAUUCUACGCGAUCCACAUUUUGGAUACCGCGACAGGCGCUUGGCGCGUUUUCUCCGAGCCGCUGUUUCCACCACUGUGGGGGCACACUGUCCACGUGGUCAACAACGCCGCGAUUGCCUUCUAUGGGGGCUUCGAAGUGGCACUCGAGACGGAUGAAACGGGGGAGGAGCUGCCCACCAUUGCCGUCAACGAGCACGUUGGAUUUCUCAAUUGGAGGAGAAUGGAAUACUACCACGCCCCCACACGCGUUCCUGGCCGUGUGAUGCACCAAUCCCAUUUACGUGGCAACAUGCUGUCUGUGCUUGGUGGGCUUUCAGUGGACGAGGCACACCUCGAUUUGGUUCCGAAACGAGAUGCAAUUGAAAUUUCUUUGAUUACAUUUGAAGCUACCCCAAUGACGUUUUGUCUGCAGAACUGGCCCCUGGAGCAGAUGGCUUCUGUGGAGUACAACCAGCAACUCAUUGUAUUGAAUACAUUGCAUGAUAUCUUCGUCCAGCGCUUGCUUGGCGAAGAACCAUGGCUGCGUUACAGAUGCGACGCAAGCGCCGUGAAUACGGCGCCGUUCCCCACCACCGUUUUCACUAGAAGUAGGCGAGAAAAGGGGAGCCAGGAAGGGAUGACUCAUACGGUGUCUAUUCCUUUAGGCGGACCGUUCUCAAAGCCAUCCAUGUCCCCUCUGUUGUGGACGCUGCUAUCGCGUCUUAAAUAUCCCAUGACUGAUGUGUGCUAG